AUGGACGGCACAGGGAGUGCGGACUCCUUUCUCGCCCUCCUCGCGGAGGUGCUCUCCGCACCGAACGGAUUGGGCGCGCGCAACAUCUUCACGCGCCGCCCAGGCAGAGGCGGCGGCGCCGGUGGGCGCGGUGGCAGAGGACGGGGCGGCAGGGGCAGGCGGAGCGCGCGGGUGCGCGUGGAGGGCGUCCCCGCGGAGGCCUCCGCGGAGGUCCUGGCUGGCGUGCUGCGUGGCGCAGUGGGGGACGCGGUGGGGCGCGUGACGAUCAAGGGGUGCACGCGCGUGGGGGACGUGGUGGGUGGCGCGCGGCAGCAAUGGGCGUCGCUGGGGGUGGCGUACGCGGACCUGCUCUCCCCAGAGGCCGCCGACUCGCUGCUGCGCUGUGAACGCGCCGGUGCCCCGCUGCAUGUGGGCGGGCGCGUGCUGGGCGUGCAGCGCGUGGCGGAGCACAGGCGCGCGCCCGAGGGGCUGCUGCACCCCGCCACUGUCCACGUGGGCUUCAUCCAACGGCCCGGCCAGCUGGCGGUGACGUGGCAGUCCGAGGUGGCGGAGUGUCGGGUGGAGUUUGACUUUGUGGAGAGACGCGUGCGCGUGCUGGUGGGGGGCGGGGGCACGGAGAGAGGGCGGGGUGGCUUGGGAGGGAGAGCGGGAGUUGCAGCAGCAGCAGCGGGGGUGGGUGAUGCAUGGGGGGAUUCAGACUCAGACGAUGGGGGUGAAGCGUGGCAGCACAGUGCAGGUGGGCGUGGCGCUGCUGCUGCUUCCUCUCCGGAGGGCAUGGCAGGUUCCUGCCAGCGACUGCAGCACCGCCUGGACUGGCGCAUGAGGGACGUGCGCCUGUGGGACGCCCCCCACCGCCGCAGAGACAGAGGCAGGCCCUCUGAGCGCCGCCCGCCGCUGCUGCUGCUGCCCGCCGUGCCGCCCGCUGUGUUCACGCGGGCGUGCGACGACGAUGUGUGGCAGCGCGACCCGUGCGCAUGGUUCCCCGACGACAGCGACCCCUGGACCCGCUCCACCGACCUCCGCCUCGCCCCCGCCGCACCACGCACUGGCGCAGUGGGCGCAGUGGGGGACGGGGGGUGGGGAGGAGGGGUGCUAGGGGUGGGUUCAAUGGUAGUGCAGGUAUCUGUGGGGAGGGAGAGUAGCGGGAAGGUGAGGGAGAUAGCAGAGCGCAUGCGCACAGUGGGGCUGUGGUGCAGGCCGAGGUACCUGGGCCCGCCUCACCACAGCAUCACCACGUCCUUCUUCCGCCCGCACCCGCCCAUCACCAUCGCCCCCUUCGUCUGCCUGCCGCCUCGCUGGCCCUCCACUGGCCGCGCCACCACCACCACCGUCACCGGCAGCAGCGGGGGCAGACGGGGUGCGCAGGCAGCAGAUCUGGCGUUUCCAGUGCUGUACGUGCUGACGCUGCUGGUGCAGCGCGGCACCAUCCCCCUCACUGCCGUGACCACCCCCCUGUACCGCACGCUGGCACGCGAGGCACCACGAGCAGCGGUGGCGGUGCUGCUGGAGUUCAUGCGCUACGCCCGCCCCGAGUUCGACCCCGCUGGCCAGUUCACCCGCGUCGCACGCGCCAUGCGCCACCAAGGCAAGCUGCCGUGGCGACGCGAGCGGUUGGAGGGAGGCGGCGGGCAGGCGGGGGGAGGGGCGGCAGAGGGGACACGGUCACGGCGCCGGGGAGAGGUGGUGCAGCAGCAGGGCACUGCGGAGGAGCAUGAGGAGCGGCGUGGGGGAGAGGAGGAGGAGACGGGGCAGGAGAAGAAGGCGGGGCGGGAGGCAGAGGGGGCGGUGGAGCAGAGUGAGGGUUCGGCGUGGCCGUGGGUGCUACCCGAGAACCACGUGUUGGUGUUCCGCCUCAUCGUCACUCCCCUGGCCGCGCAGUGCUGCCUGCCCAGUGUGGAGCUGGCGAACCGAGUCAUCGCGAACUACCGCCCCCACGCGCACCGCUUCCUGCGCGUGACCUUCACGGAGGAGGGUGAGCGGCAGCUGGCGUCGUUCGUCCUGGUGGGCGGCGCUUACCGUGCGGAGGAGGCGCAACACAGCGCGCGCACCGACGUGUACCACCGCAUUCUGAAGCUCGUCAACCAGGGCUUUGAGCUGUGUGGUCGGCGCUACCGCUUCCUGGCGUCGUCAGCGUCGCAGCUGAGGGAGAAGUCGGCGUGGUUCCUGGCGGAGGACGCCACCCACGGCCUCACCAUCGCCGCCGUGCAGGUGCGCUCAUGCUUGGCCGCUGACUCACCAGUCCAUGGGUCACCCAGCGUGGAUGGGCACCUUCACCGCCAUUCGCAACGGGGCCAGUGCUUCUCCUCGCGCUUCACCUCGCUGCCCCUGCCUCGCGCCCACGUGCGCAAUCUCCCGGACGUCACACGCCACGGCUUCUGCUUCACGGACGGCAUUGGUGCCGUGACCCCUGAGGCCGCCAGGGCGCUUGCGGAUGCCAUAGCGCCCUACCUCGACAGGCCGCUCUCUGCUGCCCCUCACCGUACUCACUUGCCUGUGGGGGGGGGCGCGGGGGUGUGGCUGCGUGCGCCGUCGGCGUUUCAGAUCCGGUAUGCGGGGGUGAAGGGCAUGGUGGCCGUGUGGCCGCGCGGGGUCAUGCAGCGCGUGGAGGCGCAGGGGGCUGCUGGUCCUGCCGAGCACGCCACGGGUGCGUGGCAGCAGCAGCAGCAGCAGCAGCAGCUGCAUGACCCCGCGCCAUUGCACAUCCUGCACCAGUUUGGCAUCAUGUCGGAGGCAGAGGUGGUGUCGGGCAGCCUGCUGCACGCCGCACACCGCCACGGGCGGCGGGAGGAGGCGGUGAGGGAGCAUGUGCGCAACAUGUUCCUGUCGCUGCGCCACCGCUACCACCGCCUGCUCGUGUAUGGCGUGGACGCUGAGGGGGAGGAUGGGGAGGAGCGCGGGGAGAGGGAUGGCGGGGAGCGUGGGGGGGGGGACGGGGAGGAGCGCGUUGAUGAUUCAUUCGGGGAUCCGCGCCUCCCUCGGCAGCACGGCAGGGGCCAGCAGCAGCCCCUGGCACCGCAGCUGCGCUCUUCAGCCAUGUCCGUUCUCGAGAAGUAG